AUGGACGGGAUUCAUCCACACUUCAUUAUGAGGACGUCCUUCAGCUUUAUACUUCUAACUCUGCUUCAAACGUCCAGCGCCAACAUCUGUUCUGCUGUUUCACCUUGGCCAUUUAGAGAAAACAAUACAGUGGGUGAUGUCGUGCUGGUGAUCACUGUCCAACCAGAGGUGACCCUUAAGUUCCGAGAUCCCCCUGCAAACCCCACCAACCCCUUCAGCCUCAACGGAAACAAGCUGAUAGCUGAAAAGGUGUUGGACUAUGAGACUGAAAGUUCUCAUGUAAUCAGGAUCACCUGCACAAAAGCAGUUACAAACGACAAGUUGGAACUCAUCAUAAUUGUAACUCUGGAGAAUGUGAACGAUAACGUUCCAGUCUUUGAUCAGAACUCCUACCAGGUCGAAGUAAAUGAGUUGUCUCCUGCAAACACCAUCGUCGGCCGCUUCGCUGCCACAGACUUAGACGGUGACAACCUCUACUACACACUGACGCCUGAAUCUAGAGGCUUCGGCCUGAAGUCACCUACCAACCCGGAUCUCAUCAUAGUUGAGAGUCUCGACUACGAUAAAGUCAAAAAUGUCCAACUGAUAUUAACCGUUCAGGUUCUCAUUGGGCGGCUGUGGCUCAGCAGGUUGAGCGUGUCGUGCUCCUCCUGUCCACACGUCAAAGUGUUCUUGAGCAACACGCUGAACCCUCCUGAACUACUCCUGAUGGACACAGCGUUGGCACCGGCCCACAGCAGGGUUUCGUUCACUGCCACCACCACCAUCAUGAUCACCAUCUUGGACGUCGACAACAGGCCGCCGUGGUUCCAGCCCUGCAGCAAACAGGAGAUCGGGGGGGCUGUGAUCUGCCAGAGCGCCGGCUACACCAGCAAGGUCGUCUUAAACGAACAAGAGCCCGGAGUGCUACCGCUGAAACCAGGACCGCUGUACGCCAUCGACGGAGAUUCAGGGAUAAAUGAGGAGACGACGUACUCGUUCCUGAGCGGAGACGGUGGCGGCCUGUUCGGGAUCAACCCGAACACGGGGAACAUCACCAUGCUGAAGCCCGUCGACCUGUUGGGGACCAUCAGUCUCACAGUUCUGGCUGCUCAGAAGAUGAACAUUUAUCAGUUUUCCACCACCUCCGUCACAAUCAGUGUUCAGGUGAAGAGUCUCCACCCGCCAAAGUUUCAGAGGCCUCAGUACGAAGGCGUCAUCGCCGCAGUGGGCCUCAUGGCGAUGGACCCGAAGAACAAGGACGAGCCGCUGCGGAUCCUCGCCACGGAUGAUGACUACACUGCCACCGGGGGUAUAAACCCCCACAUCACUUACUACGUUCAUGGGAGCAGCGAUUUCUCCAUCAUUAGUGGCUAUUUAUUCAUGACAAAGGAUCUCCCAGAGGCCACAUUAUCUCUGCAAGUGGUGGCAAUGGACUCGUCUACUGAAGAAUCAGUUACAGCUCAGCUCUCAGUGGAGGUAACAUCAGGUCUCACCACCACCAGUUUACCUGAGAGCACGACAGACAGUAUGGCCUCGACGUCCAUAGGGGAAUCCACCACCAACAGCAAGACCACCGAAGAUAUCGCAUCCACCCCAAACCCCACUACGUCCACUGACAGCAGCCUCUCCACUACCUUCCCCGGUACAACCAAUGAAAGCAUCGUUUCCACCACUGAUCCCAGUUUGACCAGUGAAGGAAGCGUCUCCACAGGCAGCACAGCUCACCCUCCCACAGUGAUCGUACCGUCAGGUGGCUACGGCCCGGUGGACAUGGCAGCACUCGGUGUAACUCUGGGCGCCCUGCUCUUCAUCUGUCUGGUGGUCAUCGUGGUGCUCGCCGUACGCAUUCGGAGGGGGAAAGCCGACUGGAGGAAGAUCUACGAAGCCAGCAUGUUCCAAAGCGCUCUGGGUCAAGGUGGUCAGAAGGAAGGCAUCCAGUACACCAAUGAGGCCUUCCAGGACGAUGAAGAUGGAGGCAGCACUGGCUCCGGCGGUCCAGUGGGGGGAAGCAUCAUGGCAGGGGACUUUCGGCUUAAUGAGGCCAUCGUGAAGUCUUCGGCACCACUGCACAUCCUCCCACGUGACGACAACAGUCAGGCGGGCUCAGACAACGACAACGAGAAGGAGGUGAAACCCAUCCUGACCAAGGAGAGGCGCAUGGACGAGGGGUACAAGUCGGUCUGGUUUAAGGAGGACAUCGACCCCAACGCCAAGGAGGAGGUGGUCAUCAUCCCAGACAGCAGAGAGGAGGACAGCGAGGAGGAAGACGAGGAGCAGUCGUCCAGCGGCAGAGAGGAGGAUGAAGAUGACAACACGCGGAGGAAAACCCUGAAGGUCAUCUUCAAUGACGCAGAUCUGGACAGCGGACUUGGGGUGAAGAUGGAGGAUCCAGAUGAGGACUCGGAGGGUGACGAAGUGCUGACCGAUCUGUGA